CUGUGUGUGUGUGUGUAGGUUAUGUACGUGUGUUAUACUCUGGGGUCAGGUUAUACUGUGUGUGUGUGUGUGUGUAGGUUAUGUACGUGUGUUAUACUCUGGGGUCAGGUUAUACUGUGUGUGUGUGUGCAGGUUAUGUACGUGUGUUAUACUCUGGGGUCAGGUUAUACUGUGUGUGUGUGUGUGUGCAGGUUAUGUACGUGUGUUAUACUCUGGGGUCAGGUUAUACUGUGUGUGUGUGUAGGUUAUGUACGUGUGUUAUACUCUGGGGUCAGGUUAUACUGUGUGUGUGUGUGUAGGUUAUGUACGUGUGUUAUACUCUGGGGUCAGGUUAUACUGUGUGUGUGUGCAGGUUAUGUACGUGUGUUAUACUCUGGGGUCAGGUUAUACUGUGUGUGUGUGUGUAGGUUAUGUACGUGUGUUAUACUCUGGGGUCAGGUUAUACUGUGUGUGUGUGCAGGUUAUGUACGUGUGUUAUACUCUGGGGUCAGGUUAUACUGUGUGUGUGUGUGCAGGUUAUGUACGUGUGUUAUACUCUGGGGUCAGGUUAUACUGUGUGUGUGUGUGCAGGUUAUGUACGUGUGUUAUACUCUGGGGUCAGGUUAUACUGUGUGUGUGUGUGUAGGUUAUGUACGUGUGUUAUACUCUGGGGUCAGGUUAUACUGUGUGUGUGUGUGUGUGUGUUAUGUACGUGUGUUAUACUCUGGGGUCAGGUUAUACUGUGUGUGUGUGUGUGCAGGUUAUGUACGUGUGUUAUACUCUGGGGUCAGGUUAUACUGUGUGUGUGUGCAGGUUAUGUACGUGUGUUAUACUCUGGGGUCAGGUUAUACUGUGUGUGUGUGUGUGCAGGUUAUGUACGUGUGUUAUACUCUGGGGUCAGGUUAUACUGUGUGUGUGUGUGUAGGUUAUGUACGUGUGUUAUACUCUGGGGUCAGGUUAUACUGUGUGUGUGUGCAGGUUAUGUACGUGUGUUAUACUCUGGGGUCAGGUUAUACUGUGUGUGUGUGUGUGUGCAGGUUAUGUACGUGUGUUAUACUCUGGGGUCAGGUUAUACUGUGUGUGUGUGUAGGUUAUGUACGUGUGUUAUACUCUGGGGUCAGGUUAUACUGUGUGUGUGUGUGUAGGUUAUGUACGUGUGUUAUACUCUGGGGUCAGGUUAUACUGUGUGUGUGUGUGCAGGUUAUGUACGUGUGUUAUACUCUGGGGUCAGGUUAUACUGUGUGUGUGUGUGUAGGUUAUGUACGUGUGUUAUACUCUGGGGUCAGGUUAUACUGUGUGUGUGUGUGCAGGUUAUGUACGUGUGUUAUACUCUGGGGUCAGGUUAUACUGUGUGUGUGUGUGCAGGUUAUGUACGUGUGUUAUACUCUGGGGUCAGGUUAUAGUGUGUUUGUGUGCAGAUUAUGUACGUGUGUUAUACUCUGGGGUCAGGUUAUACUGUGUGUGUGUGCAGGUUAUGUACGUGUGUUAUACUCUGGGGUCAGGUUAUACUGUGUGUGUGUGUGCGCAGGUUAUGUACGUGUGUUAUACUCUGGGGUCAGGUUAUACUGUGUGUGUGCAGGUUAUGUACGUGUCUUAUACUCUGGGGUCAGGUUAUACUGUGUGUGUGUGUGCAGGUUAUGUACGUGUGUUAUACUCUGGGGUCAGGUUAUACUGUGUGUGUGUAGGUUAUGUACGUGUGUUAUACUCUGGGGUCAGGUUAUACUGUGUGUGUGUGUGCAGGUUAUGUACGUGUGUUAUACUCUGGGGUCAGGUUAUACUGUGUGUGUGUGUGUGCAGGUUAUGUACGUGUGUUAUACUCUGGGGUCAGGUUAUACUGUGUGUGUGCCAGCUGUGCAAUCUUUGUCAGGCCUGGUCAGAAUCAGGCCUGUCCUUAAGUCUGUUGCUCACCCUUGGAUCCUUAACUUUAUUCUUAACCUUGUUCUUAAGGUUUUGCGGUACUUUCCAUACAGUGACGUGCAGUGAGGUCAAAGACUGGUGAGGCUCUGGCUUUGAUACACCCAAGAAACACAUACACACACAUAUAGAUAUAUAUAUGUGUGUCCAUGAUGUUAUAUUGCUAAAUACACUCAGUGCUCCAUAUAGGGUGCAUCCAUAUCAAUAUGUUUAGUUUGAAAUUAUUAAAAUAACCUAAAGCCAUAUUUUUGUCCUGAAACUGCCAAACACUCCCAUUGGUUGGAGGUAAAUACCUGAGAGGGUUCUCCAUCUCAUCAAUAUUUAAAAUGUUCCAAGCUUGAUAUUUUUGCUUGAAAGUUGUGUUUGGAUAAAUCUAUCCUUACUAAACUGAAACAGUCACUACACAAAUUAACCUAAAAAAGUGCUGAUCUGACACAUGAAAAUGCAGUCACUUGAAAAUUAGGCCAGGUGUAAAUAGUCCAAUUUACAAAACAUAAAUAAAAAACAUAAGGGAAUACCAAGUCUUUCAUUUUAACCAUAGAUAAAACAAGAUAUAUGAUAAAACCCAAAACAAAAGCUUGUCCACUUCCUCUCAGCCAUCUAAUUACUUAAAAGAGUUUGCUUGCUUUGGCAAAAGUAAGCUUUUUGCUGGUUUUGUCAAAAUACAAAAAAAAAAAAAUUAUCAAGCUCAAACAAAUUACCUAUUUUGGGAAGCUGAACAUUUAUUCCAGCAAAAAGCAAACUUUGGGUCACAAUUAUUGCAUGAGAAGUUAAGUCAUAUUUACAAAGGGGUUUUCUCUCUGUUUUUGUUGUGGCUUAUAUCUUUGGAAUGGGUGAAAAUGACUUAUUUGGCUGACAUGUGGCAGUUUAUAUACACAAACACUCAUACAGAUUAGUUUAAUUAUUCAGGUAUAAAUAUAUUUAUGACAGCAACACAGCAAUUUGUCAGUUACUCUAUAGGGCUGAGUAUUUCAAGGCUUAUAUAGGUUGCAUUAAAAAAUCACAGAUCUUUAAAGCUCUAGGUCUUCAAAA